AUCUUAUCAUACGAGUCUUUUCCAACCUUUUGUGGUUCGCAGAAGCAACAUAUCGUCAUCAUUGCAGGUUCACAGCCCCUCUUAGACCGCUCUAGCGGAUCACGGUGAAAUCGAUGUCGAUGUCAGGGUGUUGGCUCGGUAUGAGGCAUUUUCCCCCUGCAUGCUGAUUGGUUGAAGCUUCACCAUAAUCCUUUCAGGACACCGAGCCGUCGGAGAGAACCUUUCCAAAAUUUACCCAGUCGAACCGAAAGCUGUCUGGUCGAUAACAGAGAUUUCACGAUGUCCUACACAGCUCAGUCUCCGAAUAGCUGGUGGAGAUGUCAGACACGUGGUGCUAGGCCGGCAGAAUUCGUUCCGCUGAUAGCGCAGAACAAUAGUGUAUGAAGAACAGGUUUAAGCUUCCGUCCACCACAGAAUUUUUUUUUUCCAAAAAAUUUCCUGUACUUCACAUCGAGCUCUUUCCUCCUGUCUCUACUCUGCGAGUUUGCUGAACUUCGUUGCUGGCCAUAAUGGCCACGAACAUCACUUUUGCGGACGAACUCAAGCCCGUCAAGUCCCAUGCCUCGAACGAAGAGGGGUUCGGUGUUGGUGGCGUGUACAACCUUCGUUCGAGACGAGCUUCCAAGUCGUCUCUCGGAGACCGGAGCACGUUUCAAGGAAGCGAAAAAGCCUUUCCAGCAGAAGACGAAGAUCCAGGGUUGCGAAAUGAAGGCGACUAUAGAAGAGCGCAAGUUCGUUCUAACCCCCAUAGUCUGCCCCCAACCUUUGCUCAAAAAUUAAGUGAGAUGAAUGUGGCAGGUCUUCUCGAAACGCGAACUCUUCUUGUUGGCAUACCAGUCAAUUGGUGUGAUCUAUGGCGACAUUGGUACCUCGCCACUCUACGUCUUUUCGUCGACAUUCACCACUGCACCAAAUAAGGCCGACUUGAUGGGCGCGUUGUCUCUAAUCCUCUGGACCAUUUUUAUGAUGGUUACUGUCAAAUACGUAUUGGUAAUCUUGCGCGCAGACAAUGAGGGCGAAGGAGGUACAUUCAGUACCUAUGCUUUGUUGUCGCGCUAUGCAAACAUCUCUAAUCGGGACCCACGGGAGGCGUCUCUCGUCCGCAUGCAGCGCUAUAAAACUAGUGAGCUUAGUAGCGCAAGUGUUGGCGUUCGCGCUACCAUUGAGAAGAGCAAGUUUCUUCGCGGCCUACUCAAGACCAUGGGCGUCCUCGCCGUUUCCAUGAUUCUGUCCGACGGAGUACUCACCCCAGCGCAGUCAGUCCUUGGUGCUGUACAGGGCCUAAACGUAGCCGUGGAGAAUAUUUCAAAGUCCACUGUAGUCGGCGUAACUUGCGCCAUUCUUAUUCUGCUCUUUUUGAUACAACCUCUGGGCGUCGGCAGGAUAUCAAUGUGUUUUGCUCCCAUCAUCAUCAUCUGGCUUGCCUGGAAUGCGGUUUUCGGAAUAUACAAUCUUGCAUGCUACGACUACACCGUCCUGAAGGCGUUUAAUCCAUAUUACGCAUUUGACUAUCUUAUCCGCAACGGUGAACACGGUUGGAGAAGCCUGGGAGGCGUCUUGUUGUGUUUCACCGGUGUCGAGGCCCUCUUUGCUGACUUGGGAGCUUUCAGUCGAAAAGCUAUUCAACUUAGCUGGCUAUGCUACACCUUUCCAUGUCUUUUGCUCACUUACAUUGGGCAAGCUGCUUACAUUUCAGUUCACCCCGAGGCAUACAGUAACCCAUUCUACAAUUGUGCUCCCAAGGGCACAGUCAUUCCAUCCUUGGUCAUUGCAAUUUUGGCUGCCAUCGUUGCUUCUCAAGCCAUCAUUACCGCUACAUUCCAGCUCAUGGCGCAAAUCAUGAAGCUCUCCUAUUUUCCUCAGAUUGAGGUCAAGCACACGAGCAAAACCCACUACGGACAGGUGUAUGUGUGGGUAGUGAAUUGGUUCAUGAUGACGGGCACCGUCCUCGUGGCGGGAAUAUACAAUAACACGACCUCUCUUGGAAAUGCAUAUGGAGUGUGUGUCAUGUUCGUUACAUUCUUUGACACAUGCAUGGUCACACUGGCAGCGAUCCUUGUAUGGAAGCUGAACCCGUACUUCGUCUUCAUACCAUGGUUGAUCAUCGCAUGCAUGGAUGGAACAUAUCUCUCAUCGGCGUUGACGAAGGUUCCCGAUGGUGCAUGGUUCACAAUUACAUUAGCUGCUGUGCUUGCAUCAUUGUUCAUCUUAUGGCGCUUUGGUAAAGAGCAGCAGUGGGCGGCCGAGGCUGAAGAUCGCUUCCCGACCUCACACUUUGUCGAGCGACGCAGCGACGGAAAAUUGGCAUUGACGGAGAAGUAUGGCGGCACGACCCUUAGCCAAAUCCAGGGAAUGGGCAUUUUCUUCGACAAAGCCGGCGAAACAACGCCCAUAGUUUUCAGUCAAUUCGUCCGCAAGUUGACGACAGCACCCGCCGUCAUGGUAUUUUUCCAUCUACGACCGCUGGAGAAGCCAACGGUGGGACCAGAGGACCGGUAUAGCGUUUCUAGACUCGCGAUUCCGAACUGCUAUCGCCUGAUUGUGAGGCACGGUUACAUGGAUGAGGUGAUCAGCCCUGAUCUCGCGUCUCUCAUCUACGAGAAGGUCCGCGACCACAUCGUCCGCCGUGCUCUUGAACAAGAUCAGUCGAGGUCUGCAGUCGCCAGCGGAGCAAACACCCCGACCGGCGAAUCCUCUGCUGUUGCACCGUCCGCCGCCGACGAGAGCCGUGUGGUGACCGAGCCUUCCAUAGCUGCCAGCCUGGAAACCUUGGAAAAGGCUUUCAAGCACCAAGUGCUUUACAUCAUCGGCAAAGAACAGAUGCGCGUCAAACCAAAGACGAACAUACUCCGCUCGACCUUGUUACAUUUUUUCUUGUUCUUGAGAGACAAUACGAGGAACAAGAUCGCUAGCUUGAAAGUACAACGCGACAGAGUGAUUGAGGUCGGUUUCAUUAAGGAUGUAUGACAGCACCGCAGCUGGAGGCUGCAUGGCGGAAGCCGGGGCAGGAAGGGGAGAACGAAGGAAAGACUUGAGAAGGGGAAAGACAGCAUUCUCUCAUUAAUGGCCAGCGUGUCUCCAAGACUUAAACAUAGAAUAGAAUGUCAGAUGCCUC